AUGAAUCACGAUGAUUCCAUUAAGAAUUGCUGCUCUUCUCCAGGCGUCAGAGACUGUCCUGCUGAAAAGGAUUGUUAUUUUUCUUUCUGUCCAUUGUACCAUCAUCCCGAGCAGUUCCGUCGUCUCGCUCCGACUGGCCUGCUUCCUGAGGUCCAGUUCUCUCGACUGUUGCGUCCCGUGUUGGCGGAGCAACUGCAGCUGGUGGCUGCAGCGCCAACUUCAGAGGACAACGGUGACAAGGUGUCCACGUGGCUGCCGGACCGGGGACAAGUGGAUGCCAUUCUCGCCGCAAUCUGCCGUCGGUUCGUUGUGUCCCAGAUGGGGGCACAAACACCGAUUCAAGCAGUCGAGGAGUCUGUGGACGCCUGCGACGGAAAUCCGGUGCAAGAUGGACAAACAAGUGAGACGAUUAGUGGAAGAAUGUCUGGAAAAAGCCCAAAUCAAGAGGGCUCGGGGCUUUUAGGAAUAGAAGGUUGGCAAACUGACGAUACAGAGCGAUGGGGAAAGAUUUAG